GUUUAGUUUCAAAUCGACCGUCGCAGCUUGUACACGACACGGCUGGAAAUUAUGGGAAAACUAGUGCUGUACGGCUUGGACCCGAGUCCACCUGUGAGGGCCUGCAAACUGACGCUGGAUGCACUGCAGCUUCAGUACGAAUACAAGCUGGUUAAUCUACUUGCUGGCGAGCACAAGACCAAGGAGUUUAAGCUGAAGAAUCCCCAGCACACGGUGCCCAUGCUGGAGGAUGAUGGAAAAUGUAUUUGGGAGAGCCACGCCAUCUGCGCCUAUCUGGUGCGGAAGUACGCCAAGGACGAUGUCCUGUACCCCAAGGACUUCUUCAAGCGCGCCGUUGUGGAUCAACGCAUGCACUUUGAAUCUGCUGUACUUUUCCAAAACUGCAUCAGGAAUAUAGCCCUUCCGCUGUUCUACCGCGAUGAGACGGAAGUUCCUCGAUCCAAGAUCGACGCCAUCUACGAAGCCUACGACUUUUUGGAGGCCUUCAUUGGCGCCGAGCUGUACCUGUGUGGAGCCGGCAUAACCAUAGCAGAUUUUAGUGUGGUAUCGUCUGUGUCCAGCUUGGUGGGCCUGGCACCCAUCGAUCCGAAGCGCUAUCCAGGACUUAGCGCUUGGUUAGGCCGAAUGGCCGGACGAGACAACUACCGGUCUAUCAACGGCAACGGCGCACAGAUGUUGAUUGACAUGUUUAAUGCUAAAAUCACAAAGAUCGUGUGACCUUCAGAGCUGAAAGCUUAUCUGCCAAGGUUAAACAUGCGACGAGGCACUCACUUAAUUAUACAAUAAAUAAGAACGGUUAGUGAAUAUCGCAGCAAUAUUCUAAAUCCAAUUUAUGGUGCAUACUCGUACAUAUGUUUGUGGUUAUGUGGGCCCUUUUACGACAAAGAUAUCACAUCUUAAAGAUAAAGACAAACUGGUUUAGAAAUGAUUUAGGACAAAGUUCUAUGUACUUAUUCGAAGGUUUGGAUUAUUUAAACAAUUAUUGCACAAGUAGUUGGAGGCCAAUAGAGGGCCCUCUCUCGUUUCAUGUGGACUGCUGCAGAGAGGAGGCCUUAUUGAACAUCUUAAAAAUGUCAGUAAAUAAAGCAUUUGAAUAUUGGCUCUCUCCCA